AGAUUAAUUCGUGUGCGAUUUAGCUUUUCUUUCGUAUUCCAACCGUUAGAUGGAAAUGAUUGUUGUUUGUAUUGUUUUGGAAUUGAAUUUGGGUUUGGAUUGACCUGGAAAUUGGUGAUCUCUUGAUGUGAUUAAUUGUUGUUGUUCCUGUGAGAAUGGCUUUUGGAUUGUCUGAAAGCUUUGAUGGUCUCAAUGGACCGAUUGCUGAGGAAAUGUUACCUCCUUUACCAUCAAUGGGCUGGUCUCAUAAUGACAGUUUAUUUAAUUGUCCUGAUGUUUUCUGUAGUUUAAUUGGUGAUAUUGGACCUCCACCUGAUUGGCUACCACCUCCACCUCCUUUGCCUCCUUAUUUGAUUCAAGCUUUAGCUGAGAAUCACUCGGUGGUUGAUGUUAGAUCAGAUGAUUGUAACUUUUGUCAUGUCUUUAGUAAUCCAACAGAUUCGGAGCUUGUUGUUCCUAAACCAGAAUUUAAAACUCACGAUUCUUGGUUUUCUUUAUUAAUUGGUUCAGUUCUUGGAUCUACAAUUUUGUGUAUCAUUUUGCUUUUCAUUCUAGUGAAGUUCAGAAAAUGGAAAUUGUUCCCUUCAGUCUGUGGGCUUGACUCUUGUCCAAUUUUCCCUGAAGGAAUGAUGAGAGGUCAAAAGGCAGUUCCAAAUCCUUGUUCACAAUCAGAGAAUUGUAUUUCACCGGUGGUCAAUGAGAAGUCACCUCAAAGUGUUAUAACCAAUUGUCCAACUAAAACUUCAAUUCCAAGUAAAUAUUGGAGGCGAAGUGAUGAUAAUCAUUGUUCUCGUGAUUCAAUUUCUGACCCAAGAAUCGCUGAAAUUGAGGAAUACACUAAUAUCCCUGAAGGAGGUAGUUGUACCUCUAGUCCCGUUUAUGCUGAACUCGAUGCCGCUGGAGUGACCAUUAAUCAUUCACAGAUUCCAAGUUCACUUCUAAUGAAUGGUCCAUCACCUUAUGCUGUUCAUACCUAUUCAGAGGUCGCCGAUGCCAUGAGAAUGGCAGCUCUUGGUUCAUCUACUGCUCUACUUCCUGACGCUUCAUAUGAUAAUGUCGCUUAUUUACCCUCUUCUAAUAGUGAUCAUUAUCAAGCAAGAUCAUUGAGACGACAACGCUCCGGAUUGGGACAUCUCGGGAGUGCAACUCCUUUACUUCCCGCUCAUCAACAAGUUGUUGCAGGAUCACAAUUGAACUAUUUAACCGGAGGAAGGCCACAUAAGAAAUCUCGACCAGUUUACUCUCAUCAUACAUCACGAAUUAACGCAAGAAAUCAACCCCAACAACAACAAUUGUCUCAACAACAACUUCAGCAACUCCAACAAUUACAACUCCAACAACAACAACAGCAACAAAUUCAACAAGAUAUUGAACCUCGUUACAUGAGUUCUCGUCGCCCUGAGGCUGUUUAUGCAGAUUUUCCUCUCAACUCACCAACACUUUCCACUUUUCGAGUUCCAUAUGGAACAAAUUUCAGAGAAAAUCCUAAACGACCUUUACCCGAUGUCCCCGGAGUCCGACUCUUUGUUUCCUUCUUAUUUGAUUAUUAUUGUUAUUAUAAUUUGGUUAUUGAAUAUUAUUUGGAAAAUAGUUUGUUCUUGAUCAUCAUGGAGAUCAAUUCUAUUAAAGAUGGUUUGAUUAAUGGGUUUACUUUUGAUUCAUCUUCACUCAUUUCUCCAUUUACUGGUGAUGAUGUUUUCACUUGUAAUCAGAUUAAUGCUCCUUUAGGUGAUCAUAAUGAGGAUGAUUUUGAUCAAAUGCUACAACAAAUCGGAUGUUUUGAUAUUAAUAUGUUAAAUUUGGAGAAUGGUGAUUUAUUCAAUGUUACUGAUUUAGAGGGAUCCGCUUUGACACCCGAUUCACUCAAGUUUGAAUCAUCUGGUGAUCUACUGGGAGACAUCAAAUCGGAGUUCAAUCCAGUUCAGUCAAUGGAUGAAUCAUGUUCACCGAAAAAUUCCCCGAUUUUGGAAUCAAGCGAAACUUUUCCUAAUCAAUUUACCUCAGUACAAGUGUCACCCGUUCAAUCACAACCUGUCCAACAAUUUAUUAAUCAAUCAAUUCAACCACAAACUCAACUUGGAUUGACCAAUACGACUGGUCAACCAAUGGACAUUGGUUCAUCUAUAAAAGUUCAGAAAGUUCAAGCUACUGUUCAACCUGUUAUACAACAAACAACCACCACCACAACAACAUCAGCCACUCAAAACACUGAACCUGCAAUUAUUUGUCUUGAUCAAAAUAGUAAGACAACUGUACCAAUCAAUUUAAAUGAUUUAAUAUCAAUCAUACGAGAGCAACAACAGCAGAAACAACAAUUAUUUAUUCAACAAAAAGUUCAAGAAGCUUUACUUCAACAAAUUCAGUCAAACAAUUGCUCUAUUACAACAACUGCACCAACAACAACGACUAAUACCUCAGCUAAAAUGCCAUUAACAACGGAACAAUUAACUGGUGGUCAAGUAAAUAACUUUUUCGAUGCUCAAAUAGUAACGGAUGGUUCAAGUUCAAUACUGACCACUCAAGGUGUUCCCAUUUCCACUCCAGUUACCGUUUCAGUGGCCAAUCCUACAACCACUUUGAUUGCUGCCACUCCGAUCAUUUUACAAAAAGCACUUGACCCAAUACCAGAUAAAAUUGCGAUAAACCGUUUGACACCAGUACCACCAAGUCCUGUUCAGAUCACUUCACGACAAUCCAACAUUCAAUCAUCAAUUAAACGCGAACCACCAUCACCAUUAAGUGACUUGGACAGUCCAAAGCGAGGCAAACACGCAGUGCCUGAAAAACGAACGGCACAUAAUGCCAUUGAAAGAAGGUAUCGAUCAUCAAUCAACGAUAAAAUAACAGAGUUAAAGAACAUGGUAGUUGGAACUGAUGCUAAAUUAAACAAAUCGGCUGUACUUAAAAAAGCAAUUGAAUUCAUACAUCACAUAACCACAGCGAACAAUAAAUUGAGGCAGGAAAAUUUAGCACUUAAAGCAGCUUUAGCUUCGAGUGAGGUUAACGGUGGCUCACUUAAAUCACCGAUAAGUGUACCAGCCACCGAUUCACAAGACAUCACACCUCCACUUUCUGAUUGUUCAUCAUCAGCCUCAUCACCCGACCAAAGUGGAAUCCGAUCUCCUCCGAACCUGGAUCACCAAUUAUUUGGGCCUCUGAUGGAUCACGAAUGUUACUUUGUGUCUUUGUCAUUGGUCUUCUUGCUUUCAAUCCUUUCUCAAUUCUUGAGUUCAGAUGAUAUCGGACAAACAUCAGCAUUCAUGGGAACUACUGAUCAUGGUUCAGGUCGUUCUAUUCUCAGUAUCUGGCAUACAGAUAACUCACUUGGAUGGAGUGAAUUGUUGUUCUCUUAUUGGAAAUCAAUUGCUCUUUGGUUAUUGAACAUAUUCAUUUGUUUCAUUACUCUACGGAGAGCUUUUCAUCACUAUUCAAUCUCAGAUCAAACUGAUCGAAAGUACUGGAUUUACAUGGUCCAAGCGAAUCAAGAUCUUCAAAAAGGAAACAUUCGAUCUGCCCAACACAAUUAUAUGAUUGCUCUUGAAAUAAUUAGACGAUCAGCUCUUCCUAAAACUCUUCCGGGUGAAGUGAUGGCCGUUACUUGGCAAUUGGUUCGUUUUUGGUUACACUUUUUCUACAUUGGUCGCUGGUUAGAAGAUUAUGAUUAUCGCGGCAAAGAAUUACUGUCGAUUGCUUGUUUUCUUCAUUGUAAACUCAAUUCCAUCGAUUUGAUUGUCAAUCAAGGCAAAUUUUCUCUAAUGGGCUACUUUUACGCUUUAUCAGCUAUCAACGAAUCGAAAGCUUUGGCCUCUGAAGUCGGUCCAUUGGUUAGUUCUCACAUUUUGGCAGCUCUUCGAUUCAAGAUAAACUCAAAUCUUUACGCUCGAUACUUUUUACGAAAAGCUUUGUCCUAUUGUAAAACUGAUAAGAUUGAACAUUAUCUUCUUAAUCCAAUUGGACGUAAAUUUUUCAACAAAUCGCAUCAUCAUUGGAACUAUUUAUCGGAUAAAUCUUCCGAUUUUGUUAAAACUCCUGAGAAGAUUGUUGAUCCAUUUACAUAUAAUUCACGAGAGUAUCGACGUUACUUGAUCAAGAAAUCAAUCUUAACCAUGAUGAAUCCAAAGAGCGGUAUUAAUACCGAAAAUAAUCCAGCCAAAAGUAACAAAGGUCGAGCUAACAAAUCGAUCUCAUUGUUGGCCGUAAUCGAAGAGCUAUCAAAUAACAGUCGGCUAUUUGGCGAUGACAUCGCUUUCUGGUGGAGUAACGUAAUCAAAGCGGCCUAUUUUUGGUUCACUGGUAAUGAUUCAUCUGCUCAUUCGGUAACUUUAAUUAUUCCAGAUACACUUCGAAACAAUUCACUGGCAAUUACCCUUCUUUUGAGUGGAAAGAUGAAAAAAUAUGUUCAAAUAAAGAAGCCCAAAGAUACGAAAAUAUUAAUGAAACUUUUGGAUCGAGCGAGUUACGAACUAUGGAGAUCAAUUGAAAUGAAUGAGAGCCAAAAGUUACAAGAUGAUUGUAAUCAGCAAAUUAUUCAAGCCUUCCAAUUACUCUGUACCGAAUGGUUACUUUCAACUCGAUUACGACUCUGGGAACUAAAUUGUGAUUCAUUUCUUUCACCAAGUCAGUAUCACAUUCGAGGAUUUAGAAAAGAUUUAUCGACUCUUCGAUAUAUGGCACAAUUAAUUCCAAGUGGAAAGACAAAGUUGUACUUAUACGAAGGAUCUUAUCGUCUAAUCAGUGGAUCAAAUCCACUUGUCACUCAGAAUCUUUUAGAAAGAGCACUUCGAAAGAGACGACACAACGGACUUUCCAAUAUAAUUUGUGCCGCUGGGGAAGAAAACAACAGUUUGUCCAUAAACGACCAAAAAGAUAUCGCCAAUGCUUUGUUUCUGAUCGGCAAACAUUUACCCACUCAGUGUCUGUCAUGUUCUGGUGAAAAAGAGGGCUACCUCAAGGAAGCCGAAGCGAUCAUGAGUCGACAUCGAAGUGACAAAAGUCUUUUAUUGUAAAUAAUUUCUUCGUUUCAAUUAAAUCUCAAUUCUGUAAACUGAUUAGUCUAUGAGAAUGGAAAACAAUUAGCAAUCAAUCAAAAUGAGGAUCAUUGUCACAAAUGAUUACCUUUUUGACCCACUCAAUUGACAUUGAUUCUUUUCCAUUUCUUUUCUAAUUGAUAUGUUGAUAAUUACCAAUCACCAGAUCAAUUAAUCAAAAAUGUAAAACAUUAAAAUGAAAUAUUAAUUUUUUGAUCUUCUCAAAAAUAUACAAA